UUUCUACCUUGGUGUUUGGUUUGUGUGCUUGUGGCCAUCAUGCGAUAAAUGAAGGAUGGGAGGUCCCCUGUUCCCUACAAAUUGAGUCAGCAAAAGAGAAGGGCCAACCAUUGAAGAUAAGCAAAGCCGCUAUGAAACCAAAUCAGACACGUGUCCACCUGGUAUUUCAUUCUUGAUUUUCCUAAAAAAUACAACAGUUUUCGGUUCUUGUCUUGAAAGUCUCAAAAGGGUGGUUGGAAUUUUGAGCUGUGGUGCUUUCAAAUUGACAAAGUACCAACCUUUAUCCUCAAUUUUCAACAAGGGAAAAGUUUGCUUCAAGAAAAAAAAAUAAAAAAAUUCAAUGGCGACUGCUUCUUCUUUGGGUUCAUCAACUCUGUUACAAUCCCAAAUUAGUGGAUUUGGCGGGAGUCAAAAGCUUCAAAAGAUUUCUUUCUCCAACCCCAAUUCACUCACUUUCACCAGGAGGAGAAUUCAAACUGUGGUGAACGCUUCUUCUCGGGUGGAUAAGUUCUCAAAAAGCGACAUUAUUGUUUCUCCGUCCAUCCUUUCUGCUAACUUUUCUAAAUUAGGAGAGCAGGUGAAAGCAAUUGAGCAGGCAGGCUGUGACUGGAUUCAUGUAGAUGUGAUGGACGGUCGAUUUGUUCCAAAUAUAACUAUUGGACCCCUUGUAGUUGAUUCCUUGCGCCCUAUCACAGAUCUACCAUUGGAUGUGCAUCUGAUGAUUGUCGAACCUGACCAGAGAGUACCUGACUUCAUAAAAGCAGGUGCUGAUAUUGUCAGUGUUCACUGUGAGCAAUCUUCUACGAUCCACUUGCAUCGUACAAUAAAUCAGAUUAAAAGUUUGGGAGCAAAAGCUGGGGUUGUCCUCAAUCCUGGAACCCCUUUAACCGCAAUUGAAUAUGUCCUUGAUGCUGUUGAUCUGGUGUUGAUUAUGUCUGUAAACCCUGGAUUUGGGGGACAGAGCUUCAUUGAGAGUCAGGUCAAGAAAAUCUCGGACUUGAGAAAAAUCUGCGCUGAGAGGGGAUUAAACCCUUGGAUUGAAGUUGAUGGUGGAGUUGGUCCCAAAAAUGCUUACAAGGUCAUUGAAGCUGGAGCCAAUGCCUUGGUAGCUGGUUCUGCUGUCUUUGGAGCUCCUGAUUAUGCUGAAGCUAUUAAAGGGAUCAAGACGAGCAAAAGGCCUGAAGCAGUUGCUGUAUGAGAUUUCUGUAUGACAGAGCGAUACGUAGUAGCAAAGCACAAAUAGUUGCGAGACUGCAAGCAUGGUUCACUCUGCAACCUACACGAAGAGGAUAAAUAAAAUAACCCACCUCUCGGAGGUUGUGUAAUACUCUAUAUGUUGUAUAACUUUUCUUGCAUAGGGAACAAGAUGAAUCUGUACUGAAUAUCCAAUUUUCAAGAUGACAUUUUAUAGAUGUUAAUGAGUUAGUGUCAAA